CUUUAUACCUUUAUACUACCGCUACAGUCAGUCAGUCAUUAUCAUUUGAACAGCGGUACGACACAAGACACUCCCACAGCUAGCCAUAUAUAGCCCAUGUCUUCCGGUGCCACUCCAGCAGAAGCAAUUCACAACCAAGACCAAUACCAGCAGAAACGACCCUCCACAGUCAUCCUACUCUCGCUCUUUACUCUCGUAAUCGCCGUGCUCGCCGCCACAUUUCUACCUGACUCCGACCCAGCCGCCAAUCUGUUCCGCUUGAAACGUCUGUUCGCGCCGGCUGCGAGUGCGGGGAGGUCUUCCUCAUCUUCUCUGGCUACUGCUGCUGCCACUACUACUACUGCACCCGAUAGUACAUCGCCAGCGACGAACGGCAAGAUGAGUCGGACGCCGGUGUACUUUUUGAGUCAUGGGGGGCCCAACGUCAUGUACGACCAGGAACACCCGGCGUAUUCAAAACUGGCAGCCAUCGGGCGGGAGAUCACGACCAAGGUGAAGCCGCGCGCGGUGGUGGUCUUUUCUGCUCAUUGGCAGGCGGGGAGGGAUACCAUCCAGGUGAAUACGGCUGAGAUGACGGAUUUGAUUUAUGAUUUCUACGGCUUCCCGUCUCAUUACUACAAGGAGACAUUCCCCAAUGUGGGCAGUCAGGAAGUAUCCGGUAAAGUACUGGGGUUGCUGAACAAGGCCGGGAUCAAGGCCGAGGGGGUGAAGCGGGGGUUGGACCACGGGGUGUGGGCGAGUUUCAAGUGCGCAUUCGAACCCGAGUCGAACCCGCUCAACGUGCCCAUCGUGCAGGUGUCGCUGUUCGGUACAGAGGACCCAGUGCAGCACUACAGACUGGGCGAGGCAGUGUCAUCCCUGCGCGACGACAACAUCCUGAUCAUCGUAUCCGGCAUGGCGGUGCACAAUCUGCGCGACCUGAUGCGCGCGUUCGGCAGUCCCAAGCCCAUGCCGUACACAACGAGCUUCGACGAGGCGCUGAAAGACGCAGCCACAAAGCCGCCGGCGGAGCGGGAGCAGGCCAUGGCGCAGCUGCUGAAGCGCGGCGAUGCCCGCCAGGCGCAUCCGUCUUUCGAGCACUUGCUUCCGAUCCAUAUCGGGGCGGGGGCCGCGGGCGAGGAUCUGGGGAGGAGACUGUGGACGUAUAAGGAUGGGAGUAUGAGCUGGGCGCAGUAUCGGUUUGGCGAUGUGGCGGGUGGUAGUAGCUCGCUGUGAGUGAGUGUGGAAUUAUAUAGUGUCGCCUCUCGGAGGAUAUGGGAUAUAUGAUGCCGGUAGUAAGAAUUUUCUUCUCCAUUCAUCUAUAGAUACAGUGGUGGACAAUGGUGCAUGAACAUGAAACAAUC